AUGGCCCUGCCAAAUGCCGAAGCCGAUGAAUAUGACUAUGAGUCACUACCGCCCAAUUUCUCUCUGCUUCAAAACAUGGCGGCCGGUGCCUUCGCUGGCAUAGCCGAGCAUACCGUCAUGUAUCCCAUUGAUGCAGUUAAGACUCGCAUGCAAGUCCUCAAUCCGAACACGACUAUUGCCUACCGUGGCGUCCUUCGUAGCACAUAUCAGAUGGCGGCUGGUGAAGGCUUCUUCAGUCUUUGGCGAGGAAUGUCUAGCGUUAUCGUCGGAGCUGGUCCUGCGCACGCAGUGUACUUUGCUACGUAUGAGGCUGUGAAACAUGCCAUGGGAGGAAAUCAAGCAGGCGUUCACCACCCACUUGCAGCCGCUACUAGCGGUGCGGCAGCCACGGUUGCCAGUGAUGCUUUUAUGAACCCUUUUGAUGUCAUUAAGCAACGAAUGCAGAUACAAAAUUCCAGCAAGAUGUACCGCUCGAUGGUAGACUGCGCCAAGUACAUUUACAGAAAUGAAGGCAUCGGCGCCUUUUACCUCUCAUAUCCUACAACGCUCUCCAUGACGGUCCCAUUCACGGCCCUGCAGUUUCUCGCAUACGAAUCGUUAUCGACCACACUGAACCCCACAAAAAAGUACGACCCUGUCACUCACUGCUUGGCUGGCGCUAUUGCGGGUGGUUUCGCAGCUGGUCUUACAACUCCUAUGGACGUCAUCAAGACAAUUCUGCAGACCAAGGGCACAUCCACGGACCCCGCUGUACAGAAUAUCAACAGCUUCGUCGGUGGCUGCCGCUUGUUGUACCAACGCGAAGGCUUCCGCGGCUUCUUCAAGGGUGUCCGGCCCAGAAUUGUGACGACCAUGCCUAGCACCGCCAUUUGCUGGUCAGCCUAUGAAUUCUCCAAGGCUUAUUUCAUCCGACGCAACGACAGGCAGUAA